AUUUUACUUACUGACAAACUACGCAUAUUUAUUUAGUAAACACUUCUUAAACAAUUCACUUCGUCUGAUUCGUUUUAUCCUAUCAAUAUGGCAUCUGGGGGCACCAUUAUACCGCCUCCAAGUCUCAGUCAAAUUUUCUUUGCGCGAAACUUUUUCCGUGCUCUUAACGAGGAGGAGGAGGUAAGGGUCAACAAUUUAAUCAUAUCACCAACAGCUGCGCGCAGUGCCAUGACUUUAGUGUUUAUGGGUGCCGGCGGAAAAUGCGCCGACGAAUUGCGUUCUGGACUGAUACUAGGAUUCGCUAAGAAACUGGAAAUUGCCAAGCAACAUGCCGAAUUCAUAAGUAAAGAUUGCGUGUGCAGCGACAAGGGAGUGUCGAUGCGUAUAGCCACUGGUUUGUAUGUUAAGCAGGAUCAGGAACUGCGUCCCGAUUUCAAUCUGCAGGCUGGGGAAUUCUUCAAUACUCAGGCAGAUUCGUUAAAUUUUGCAGAUGCCGAAGGUGCUAUGCGACAAGUCAAUAAAUGGCUUGAGCGGCAAACCUUUAAUACGGUACGCGAUUUGCUUACUCCUGCAUCUUUCAACGUGGAAUCGAACGUUAUUUUGGUCAACUCUUUGUACUUUCGAGCCAAGUGGACCAAGCAAUUUUCUGUAGAACGCACUUCAUUGGGUGAUUUCGCGAUAAGCGAAGAACAGAAAAUGCAGUUACCCAUGAUGCGACAGGCCGGACAGUUUCGCUAUGGCGAAUCCAGAAAGCUAAAAUCGCGUAUUCUGCAGCUGCCCUUCGAUGAAUCAGAUGUAAAUAUGUUAUUGAUUUUACCUGACGAAACUAUGGGUCUUGCAGAGCUAGAAUCAAAGCUAGGAGAGAUUGACCUUAACGAAGUGGCCCUCAAGUCGGUGAUGCAUGAUGUUGAUAUAACCGUGCCCAGAUUCAAAUUCGAAUGCGACAUUGAUCUGAAAGUACCGCUAAAAAAAUUGGGAAUAAAGCGUAUCUUUGAGAAAAGCGCCGCUGACUUAAGUGGACUGUUUGCUAAGAAGUCGCCCCAGUUGAUCACUGAGGCAAGGCAAAAACUAUAUUUAAAUGUGAACGAAGCUGGCUGUGAAAUAGAUGCUAACACACCUGCUGAAACCUCUACUGAGACCUCAAAUCCGGAGCGCAAAGUUUUUACAGCGGAUCACCCAUUCGUGUUUGCCAUACGGAACUUCAAAUCAGUUUACGUUGUGGGUCAUUUUGUCAGGCCCUGAUUACCACAGACAGUGAAUGGCUUUAUAUAAAAUUAAUCCAUUAAAUAUCCAUGAAAGAAAUUACAAAUUUUUUACAAGUGUCGCUAUCAAUGACCGCAGGCUGAACAAUUGAAACAAUAUGCAAUGAAAAACAAAUUAUUGCCGGACAAAUGACGAACACAGUGCCAGAAUCAAACACAAAAUUAUCUUCAAAUACACACUUAAAUAGGGUAAAACUGAAAAUGAUCAACUAUAAAAUUCGUUGUCAAAAGUGC